GAAAGAAUAUUUCAAAUCGGGUUCCUGAGAUUAGCGCGUUCAAACAAACAAACAAACUCUUCAGCUUUAUAAUAUUAGUAUAGAUAAAGUCUUCGCCAAAAAAUUGCCUAAGUAUAUCGCUGCAAAAAUUGGGUCAUCCAUAAAUUUUUCAAGAACACUUGGAGUUCCUUCAUAAAAUAGUAUCGCCCUCGCUUUAUAUUGCCCUAAGGGGUAAUAAAAAAAUCUUAAUCGAAUGCUAUAAAAUUUAUACGCAGAAGUCUGGUAGGAUACUAAAAAGUUUAGUCAUGGAUACUUCGCCAAUACGUUUUCUGGCGAUCCUCCCACCGUGACGCAAGACGCUGACAUGCGACUAUUCGCAUUGUCGUGCUACAUUGCGAUUUAUCGUACGACCAUGUCGCAGAAUUUUUCCCCACUGGUAAAUCUGCUUUUCGCCUAAACUUUUGAUGUGUGUAGUUUGUUUUGAAAGGGUUCUGUGACAGUUCAAGUUGUAGCAAUUUUCAAAAGAGCAUCUCAUGAAGCGUUUUAUUUAUUGCGUUAAUUAUCUUCCAAAGUCAGUAGGUCUUUCUAGGCGAUAGAUUAUAAUCUUACCCGGUCGUCGACCUCAUUGCUGCGCAGUUACUAAGUCUGUUAGUAUGCUGUCUUUGUUUUUAGGGUAAUAGUGUUCUGCGGUUUUGAAGUACCUACCCAUACGUAGGUUGGUACAUAAAGUGACGACUUUUCUGGCGUGUUCUAAAUCUGUGUCAUCUUGUAAUAAAAUAAGCCAUUAUACACUCCAGUAUUGGACAGUGCUGUUGGCAAUGAUUUCCGCUGAGCUGCGGAGUUUAAUCCCGUUGGGGGAACGAUUUCCACGUUCGUGACAUGGGACAUAAUUUGGAGGAAAUAUAAUGUUCAGUUGUCAGUUUGAUAAAUCGCAGCGGAUCAGUCAUUUGAGAUUCUAACUCAGAUUAGUUCCUAUUGAAAACACUGCAAAUCAAUUACAUCUUAUCAAAAUUGUCGAAGAGACAUAUCCAGCUAGGAAUACGUCAAUAUUCAGCAUGUUCUCCAACAACAACCUGACGCGCACGCGCAGGCAUAGCGGCACCUUCGGCCCCGUCACCUCGCCCGUCAAUGUAGCUAGCUCAUGGGCGCGGAUGGCUCCCCGGGUAAACCAGCUGCGAGCUGAAGAGUGCGCCGACGUGAGCAACACGCGCGAGGUAGCGCAUGAGAGAGAGAUACACACCGCCAUGCAGAUGGGGCAGUCCUGUGAGGAUCUGACCCUGGUGGCCGGACUCGCUAAUUCACCUACUAGGAUACCUAGGUUUUCACCUGUUGUCUCCCCUUCCCCGACACGGAAAUACACGACGCGGCGGAGUUUAUCGCCCAUCGCGAUCCGCGCGUCGAGCUUCAGUCCGGUGAGCCGGCCCAACAUGCUGCCCAACAAGCGGCGCUGCGACGAGGCCGACUCGCCGCUGUCCAAGCGCAUGUGCACGUCCGACAGACUCACGCCGUCCACGCCCGGCACCCCCGACUCCGACUCCCUCGAGUGCACCUUCAGGCCGGUCUCCCCUCGAGUACAACCCAUGAACGAGUGCUCCCACGAAUCCACAGAUGUCCCCCAAAACCACAAGUCCUCCAACCCCAGCUAAUAGUUUGUUAAUCCACCACAGAAUUCACAGUUGAAGUUUUCGCGCAAAUUAUCGAAAUAUCUCUUGCCAACUUGUCCGGAUUUACUGUCCAAUUUUAUUACGUGGACGUUUAUAUUUUAUAGCGUUUAGAAUAGUAGCUUUUAUAAAAUUACCAUUAAGAUCUAAUGUUUCUCGUGGAUAGUGUUUGCGCUAAAGUUUCGACUGAAAUUCUUAAGCUACGGGUUUUAAUGGCUCUGUGAUACUGAUGCGGCUUCUAAUAUUGUACGUGGAGGUAUAGCGAGCUAUUACAAGCCCAGUAUUACUUUUCAUAGGGUUCAAAUUCGUGUAUUUGUUCCAAUACAGUAGCCUAUCACGUUGGUUCCUACGAACUUGAAAUUAUUAACGUAGUUUUAUAGGAAUGAAUUGUAAAGCGGUCUCUUAUGGCUUGGUGUUCUGCUAAAUAUCAUGUCCCAUCACUUUAGAAUAUUUUAUUAUUUUUCAAUUACCUGAAAAUGUCUAAAAUGUUGUUUUGAGGCUGGCUGGAGUCAACAACAACAAUAUAGAUUUUAUGUCGCACCACUAUUAUAUAUGAUUACCUUUAUUUAAAAGUCCUUAAAUCGAGAUUUUAUUUAGCAGCACACCAAAUAACUUGACGAGACAGACUUAAGCGAGUGCCCUAUUGUUAGCCAAAGCAUCCAAAACUUUAUUGUAAAUAUAACUAGAAGCGUUCAGUGUAUAGAACGCGUAAUGUAUAUAAUUUAUAUCGAUAAGUUAGCUUAGUGAACACUCGAAAGCGUGUAGGUAUUAAUGCAGAAGCGAUAACUUCGUAGUUAUGUUUAUAGUCAUUGGUAUUUAAAUGUAUCUCGUUCGCGUUGCGGCAAUAUGUUGCGUGCUUUUACACUUGGUAAGAAAAUAUUAAAAGGUUUUUUUUUGGUUGAUAUUGUCGAAUAUUUCUGUGAUUUCAGGUUUAUUGUCGUAAUGUGGAGUGGCUUGCAUGGUUUCUGGAACAUUAAUUGAUCAUUACACUUGUAAUCGAAUAUUUUAAUUAUUUUUUUAAUCAUCAUUACUUAAAUCAAUAGCACAAAUAAUCCUUGUUUGUUCUUAUUCUUAUAUUUUCAUAAAAUUGCAUUCAGGAGCUAUGCAAGCCGCAUUGAUGAUUGAAUUAAUCCGCCGAUCUUAAUUUAAAUUUAAGUUAUAAUGUGUUUAUAACCAAACAGUCACCAUUACUGACAAAGUGAAUGAUUAACAGUCUUAUUGUGCCACCUCAUGAAUUAGGGCAAGUACUAGUUAUAUAGGUGAACUUACAUGUUACGGUUUUGUAGAAGUGUCUUAUUUAUGCGGGUAGAAUAGGCAAAACAAGUAAAAAGAAGAUUAUUGACAUGAAAUGAUGUGAGUAACUUGUGUUUUGCUCAACGAUUUUGAAUAAUUUCAGAAGAGUGGGUAUUUGUUUAUCUUGAAAUACAUCUUGUAGUAACUAGAAUCUGUAAUUCAGCUCACAUUUCUUCUUACCUAAAAAGUCGAUAAUUUUAAUUCUCACAGCUGCAAUUUCAAAUAACUCAACUACCUGCGUCAAAGACAGGCACUUCUAAACGAAUUCCGGCCAUGUUCACUCAUGUCCGUACGAUGUGCAAUAUUUAAUUUCCAUAAUAACCUCCGAACUAUCGUAACAUGUAUAACUACCGUAGAAAUAACAUCGCCUUAUCUGACUAUUUGAUAUCUUAGGAAAUGUGAUCUACAUAUUUUUAGCUCUAGAUGACCUAACUUUUGUCUACAUGGUUAUAGAUCUAUGGGAAUUGUUAUUUUAGGGACAAGGUUGUAGAAACUAUAGUUAUUCAUUAAAUCCGCAUUGAUGGAGAGUUAUGGCAACAUUUUAUAGAAGCAAAUAAAUAUUUUGAGUUUGAAUUGGAUAUGGAGUUGAUGGUAUCUUGCUGGCCGAGUAUUCUGUGUAAAUUAUUUGUAUUAUUUUAUCAUAGAAUUUAAUGUAAAUUUAAAAAUGUUGCCUGUAUCAUAUCAGUCAUCAUCAUAAACAGUAGUGACAAUAGUUUUCCUUGGUUACCAUCAAUGUGGAUGCAGCAGAGCCAGUAAGCAAUUCCUGUAUCACUUGUUCUAACAGACUGGAAAUUAUAUUUUAAUUUAAUCAUAUUAUUGAUAAGACCUCCAUAUACAACUUCCCAAUAAUUUUCAUCUCAUUUACAAAAGAGUAUAAUUAUUUCUAUAUCAAUGGGCCAGAUUUUUUUUUGUGAUUAAUACAAAAUUGAUGUAUUAUAACAGUUUUCUACAAUCUAGUGAUGCUGACAUAAUUUUAAAUUGUUUUUUGGAAUACCUCACGGUUGCUAUCGUAACCCGUUCAUGCAUUUUGUUAAUAUAGUUUGUGCUAAUAUUAAGUUAGGCGAGGUAUAUGCCCACGAUAUCUUGUCCCGAGAGUACCUAUAUAUAAGUAGGUAUUGUGUCGUAAUUUUUUGUAUGUAAUUAGUCAAGACGUCAGGUUUGACUGCUGGAAAAAACUACUUUGUUUUCAAGUGUGAUUAAAUCACAACAUGAAUAA